AUGCCUCCAAAAAAAGCAGUUAAAGAAGAAAAACUUUUGUUAGGAAGACCAAGUAAUAAUUUGAAGAUUGGAAUUGUUGGUCUACCAAACGUGGGAAAAUCUACCUUUUUCAAUGCUAUUACGAAAAGUGCAGUUGCAGCAGAAAAUUAUCCAUUUUGUACAAUUGAUCCGGAAGAAUCUCGAGUUGCAGUACCAGAUCCUCGAUUCGAUUGGUUAUGUAAUUUAUAUAAACCUGCUUCAAAAGUGCCCGCAUAUCUUACAGUUAUAGAUAUUGCUGGAUUAGUCAAAGGUGCUUCCUCUGGAGCUGGAUUGGGAAAUAACUUCUUGAGUCAUAUUCGCUCUGUAGAUGCUAUUUAUCACGUUGUCCGAGCCUUUCCUGAAGAGGAUGUAGUUCAUGUUGAAGGUGAAAUCAAUCCAGUUAGAGAUCUUGAGAUCAUUCAUAAUGAACUUCGUCUUAAAGAUGAAGAAUUUUUGACUAAAAAAGUCGAUGAAUUAUCAAAAGUGACUUCACGUUCUGGAAAAGGUGGCACCGCAGCUGAUAAAGCAAAGAAGGAAGAAUUGGAUAUUAUCCAAAAAGUACUUAAUUUCGUACAAAAUGACAAUAAGGAUGUUCGAAUGGGAGAUUUGUUAAUCCCAUUGUGUUCAGCUCUUGAACAUCGUGUUUCAAUUCUUCCUACAAAAGAAGAAAAAGAAGAGUUAUUAAAGAGUUUAGGAACCAACUCCGCGUUGCCAAAUAUAAUUGUUUCGGGAUAUAAAAUACUUCAAUUAAUUUACUUUUUCACAUGUGGUCCGGAUGAAGUUAGGGCAUGGACUAUUAGAAAAUCCACUAAAGGACCUCAAGCAGCCGGAAAAGGAUUUAUUCUUGCUGAGGUCAUGAAAUAUGAAGACUUGAAAGAACUUGAAUCGGAAAAUGCCGUUAAAGCGGGAGGAAAAUAUUUACAAAAAGGCAAAGAAUAUGUGGUAGAAGAUGGAGACAUUAUUUAUUUCCGAUCAGGACUUGCAAAUAAAAAAUAA